AUAUUCGACCGGAACGUCUUAUAAAACAAGAUCUUGUAAAAAAAUUACAAUCUAAAGGAAUAGAGUUAAAUGGAAAAGAAAAUAAAAAAGAAUUAGUAACAAAUCUAGAAACAGAAUUAUAUAAAGAAAUGAAAUAUACAAAAUCGGAACAAGAAAAAGUUGAAAUAUUAGUAAAUAUUACAAACAGUCAAACUAAACGAUG